AUGGCAGCAGCGGCACAUAGCACACAGCACACAGCGGUGGCGAUAGCUCUGGCGGCAAUGGCAGUGAACACCCACCGCCUACCUACAAUAAGCCUAUUGCUGCCGGUGGUGGUGGCGCGCUGGGUUCUAAGACCACCAGGCGGUGGAACUAGUGACAUUUUCGGCGGUGACCUUCCACAAACUCCGCGCAACGUCAAAAAUCACAUGCAAUCGAACAUUUUCUCAUGUGACAAAAAUGGCGCUAUCAAAAAUAACGGUGAUCAGCCACGUCGCGGACAGCAGAAAGUUGAUUCGUAUCAGCGUCUCUUCGGCGAACCAGAACGUCCAGGCACUCCCGCCAAGAAUCACAUGAAGAGCAACAUUCCAUUUGGUUCGAAUACUGAAGCCGCUCAAGAGUUAUUGGCUAAUGGUAAUGGUCAUCACAGCAAUGGCAAAGGUGGUUCGGUGUCGACCUCGACAUCGUCCUCGGUCUCGUCGUCUACUGAGAACUUGAAGAUGAAUGGUGUUUCAAAAACAGGUGAGUAA